AUGUUUGUCCACAACAACUCUAAGCACGGCCGAAGGGCCCGCAGACUGGAGCCCGGCGAGUCUGUGGAGAAUACUAUGGAAUAUGCCACCCCGUGCAUCAAAGCCAUUAGUCCCAGUGAGGGCUGGACCACCGGCGGGGCGAUGGUCAUCGUCAUUGGGGAGAACUUUUUUGACGGCCUGCAGGUGGUGUUUGGCAGCAUGCUGGUGUGGAGUGAGCUGAUCACACCACACGCCAUCUGUGUCCUGACGCCUCCUCGACACAUCCCCGGGGUCGUGGAGCAUCGCCGAGGCGCUCUACAGUGUUCCUCGUCCUCACAGUCAGCUGCAGGCGCUGCCCAGCUCACCGGCCCACGGCAGUGUCAUGGGCCUGGGCUCAUAUCCUUCUCAGUUAGGCGUCAGCAUCGGGGAGCACGGACAGAGCAGCCAAGGUUACAUCAGAAAUUCCAGCAGUUUGUCUCCAAGGGGUUACCCAUCAGCCUCCACUCCUCAGCACUCAAAUUACGGGGGCGGCGGAGGGAUGACUGGAGGCCAUGGGACAGUUCCCAUGACCAGUCUAGGAGUCCCUGGCUCUCCGUGUUUCAGCAGUGCCUCCCCCACCGGCUCUCCCUACAUCUGCAUGCAUGCAAUCUCACUGUGAGCUGCUGUGAGAACCUGGCAAAGAAUAUCAACCCAUCACAAGUUAGAGAGCUGGACCUGUCCAACAACAACCUGACAGAUGCAGGAAUAACACUGCUCUCCAAGAAACUGAAGAACAGCAAAUUGGAGAAACUCAGACUGAGGAGCUGCAAUCUAACACAGCACAGCUCCGAUGACCUGACCGCCGUCAUCAGCUCAGCCUCCUGCCAGCUUAGAGAAUUGGACCUAUCUGACAAUGACUUGCAGGACGUAGGAGUCAAAACGCUCUCUGGUGGACUGGAGAGUCCUCACUGUCAACUGAAGAUACUCUCUGUGUCCUUGUGCAGAGUGACAGAGGAAGGCUGCACUUUCCUGGCAUCAGCUUUGAACUCGUCCAGUUUGAGAGAGCUGGACCUGAGCUACAACCACCCGGGAGAGUUGGGCGUGCAGCUUCUGUCUGCUCUGAUGGCCGACCCACAAUGCAGCCUGCAGAAACUCAGUGUGGAGCAAUGUGGUGAAUCCAGGAUUCAGCCAGGUCCAAAGAAAUACACCACCAAACUCACCCUGGACCCGAACACGGCACACAGGGACCACUCUCUGUCCGGAGGAGACAGGAAAGCGAGGCGUUGGACCAAGCAGCCUUAUCCUGAUCACCCGGAAAGGUUUGAAUUUUGGACUCAGGUGCUGUGCAGGGAGGAGCUGACCGGCCGCUGCUACUGGGAGCCAGAAUGGAGCGGGAGAGCUGUCACAGGAGUAGCCUACAAAAAGAUGUGCAGGACGGGAGAGGGUCGGGACAGCUGGUUGGGGAAAAACGACUGUUCCUGGGCACAGAGCUGCACCAAAGACGCCUACAGGACCUGGCACAAUGACAUGAGCACUGCUGUAACCAUCCCACCCAACUCCAAUAAGGUGGGGGUCUAUCUGGACUGGUCAGCGGGGAAACUGUCCUUCUUCACGGUGUCCUGUGGCACACUGACGCUGCUCCACACCUUCCACACGACCUUCACUGAGCCCGCCCAGCGUUCAGACUUGGCUGGGUGGACUCCACGGUCUACCUGUGCUAGGAGGAGCAGCUGAGAUGAGGAGUUGGAUCCAGGUGAAGAAGACUGCGGCGGCUGAAGCUGGCGGAGCAGCAGGGCGCCGCUGCGUACGUUGGCCCGUCACUGUGUUGGAUAAAAGCGUCGCAUUCACUGAUGUCUACGCAUCGUCAAUGACAGUGCGGGCCGCUCCCCUGGCCUGCGUUUGAGCUCUGCCGCGUGUAGAGACACGCUCACACAUAGAUAUAUGUAUGUGUUUUAUUCACAUGGAAGGAUUCCAGCCUCUCUGGGAGGAAGGCAGCCGCUGGGGCUGUGCAGCCGGCUGGCAGCUCCGUCUAGCGGGGCCACGAGUCAAACACAAUUCAUGGGCUGCUCUGUGCUUGGGAUGCAGCAUCUAUAACGGGGGCAUGUCGUGCGUUCAGCUUCGGGGCGUGUGUGGGAAACAGGGUCCUUUGGCGCCAUCGUGUGGCGGCGGCGGGGCGUUGCAGCACCAGAGGGCAGCGGGAGUAGAAACGUCCACAGCGCACGUCGUGUGGCCCCGCUCAGUCAUCGAUCGCGGCGCUGCAACGCGACUGACUUUCAUCCGGGUGUCUUGAUCGGUUCGAACGGGGGGGGGGGGGGGGGAUUCCACUUUUUUGUGACAGCAGAGCAUAGACAUGUAUAGAAAGGCUAGAUUGCUCAAGGCGAAGUCAGCUGUGUCGUCACUUGGCGGCCAUCUUGGGUCAGGAGACUGCGCUGCUGUGGACGGAAGGUUUCCCAAAUGUAGCGAGCGCCGGAGACAGUGGGAGCGUGCCCUGAGAAGGGAAGGUUUUGUGGCUAAUGACAGAACACUGCUCUGCAGCGAACACUUCAGAAAUGAAGAUUUGGACGGGACAGACUAUCGGAUUCAAAGCUGGAGCUGUUCCAUCUGUCUUCAACUUCCCUGCUCAUCUUCAGAGGCCGGUAGCACCAAGAAGCACAAACGCUUCAAGAAAAGCAGGAGAAAACCAGCCCAUGUACCCCGAGCAGGAUCAACCUCCACCUGAUGUU